GAGUGACCUAAGUGCAUUCAUUCAGGCUGACCAGCGUCAAGAGAGGGUCCUGCAUAGCUAUGUAUGCAUACAUGAGGCAUGCACAUCACAUCCACCUCCCUACGAAUCUACAGCAGACUUGCAUCACGUCACAGACAGGUAAGAUACACACAGACAGACAGCAGCGCGGUGACUAAUUGUCUCUCUCUCUCUCUCUCUCUCGCCCCUCUCUCACAGUAAAAAGGACUUAUUUGCGAUCGGUCGACGGAUGAAUGGGUGAGCAAAGGCAGGCAGACGACGGGUGUGGGUGGACGACUGCCUGUCAUGAACAAAAACGCUACAGAAGGAGGAGAGGACAUGUGAGUGUGCCAUAAACAAAGAAAACGACACACACACACACACGUACACGUGGUGGGUUGAUGCGGUCAUGCGAUGUGGUACGACCGGCGAUGGGUGGGACAAAUGAGAAAACCCAUCCCAUGCCGUUUGCCGUUCCACAAGAUCCUAGGAAGAUCGAUCACCCCCGCCACACACACAUAUGUAUACCGGCACGUGUCACGCUGCAUAGUACACACAGGUACGGAAGUACAUACGAACCUUCUAUGUCAUAUGAGCCGACUACACACACACAGACAGAGAGAGAGACAAGUACCCAUGGCCACAGCAGCCAGCCGGUCGUGUGAAUGUGUCUGUCUCUGUACCAACCAUACGUGUGCAACGGAGUGUGGUAUGUACGAUGGACCUUCCCCUCCCUCCCUCUCCCCCAGCAGUGUGUGCUAGCGAAUUAUGCCGGCUCCCAGACAGCCACAGAAUGAGCACUACAGACAGACAGACAGAGAUGGUUGGUACCCACACCCAACACAAUGCACGCAGACAAUGCAGGCAGGCAGGCAGGUAGCAUCCAUUCGUCGUACGGACAUUGACUGAAUUACACUUACAAAAGGACCCACCCACCCACCCACCCACCCGUCCAUCGCUCCCCCCGUUUGUCCGUGCACUCUCUAUCUUCUAGCCUAUCGACAGACACCAAACACCAGCCAGCCACACGGCAAAUGGCAUCCAUCCAUCCAUCCAUCCAUCUGUCUGUCUGUCUGUCUGUCUCAUCAAUUGGCUUGCUUACGAAACACCAACCAACCAGAGCCAGCCAGGUCCCUGUCUCCUCUGGGUAUCCAUUCCUGUAUAGUACACAACAGGCAGGCAGGCAGGCAGUCAGGGAGGGAGGCAGGCAGAACACCGACAGACAGACAACAGCUUCCUUUCAGCCAUCCAGAUGCACGGACACACAGCGCAUUAGGACCAGAAAAACAGUCAAAAAAGCAAAACCAACAGAUAGACAGGCCAUCCAUCCCAUGAAGGCACGCGUCAAAACCUGCCUGUUCACCUAGAGCUGUCUAUUUACAGACCCACACACCCACACACGACCCGAGCCGCGGUCGGCUCCCCCUUUCACUCAUUCUCUCCUAUGCAUCUUUCUGCAUACCUAUGUCUCUAUCUCUUAGCUGUGUGUGCACACAUCUGUCCAUCCGUCCACGGCUAUCUAUCCCUCUGCUCUCCAGACAGCAUCGCAUCAAAUGACUGGAAAAGACUUGCACCUCCCACAAGGAGGGAGGCAGGGAGACCGAAAAAUGCUUCCAUCGGUGUACGGAGGCGCAUGCACCCCCACCCACACACACACAGAUCGUCGCCACGGGAGUGCAAAAAGCAGUCCCUUGGUGGCUAUUCCCUUGUUGAUGCAUCCAUCUAUCUGUCUAGCCGUGGUGUAUGGGAGUGAGGUCGGCGAAGAUGUCGUCGGGCGAGGACCUCGGCGGCACACCCGGUGGGCGCAGGGAGGCUGAAAACCCACCGCCCAUGUCUGCACACAACACAACAUAGCACACGUGUGUUCAUGCAUUUUGCAUCCUUCGCCCCAACCCACCCUCACAGCCUCACUCACCGUUCAUGCCAAAUUCGCCGCCUGGAUGGGUGUUGUGGUGCUGUCCAUGGUUCAUCUGCAUGCCCAUGCCCAUGCCCAUGCCCAUGCCGCCCAUGCCAUAGGCGUUGUCGCCAUAUGCAUCCAUCCCCCCCUCCAGCCCACAGCCAUAGAGGGGGUUGAGGUCGGGCAGCGGUGUGGGCGUGUUGAUGUUCCAGUCGAGCUGUGGGUCGUCAGCCGGCUGGUGCAGGUCGUGUCGCAUGCGCUUGUUGGUGGCUGCCUGGGAGGGGUCGAGGGAGAGAGAGCGGUAGGAGUGGCUGCUGCUGGGCUGGUGGGGGUGGGUGGCAUGGUUGUCGGCGUCGCCUGAGUGACAUACAUGGGAGAGAGAGAGGGAAACAUGAGUGUGGUGUCUGUCGACUGUGGGGUGGUCAUGUGAUGGGGUCACGGGCAGUGCACUCCCUCACCAUUGCCUUCUCCCGCGCCAUCCAUCUCCGACGACCGGGGACCUGUUGAAAAGAACACAACCACACACAGACGAAUUUACAGCCUCUCUCCCCGUCCCCAUAAUCAUCCUCUCACCACCCACCUCGUAUGAAGCUGUCGACCUCCAUUCUAAACGACGUGUCGUUGCUCCCCAUCCGCCCGUAGGAUGGCAUCCCACCGCCGCCAUAGCCCUCAUCCCCACCACCACCACCCUGUCCAUCGGCCCAUCCGUGCAGCAUAGCGCUGGGGUCGCCAUCGCCAUUGCUCUCAUGUGCCAGUGGGGAUGGCGUGGGCGGCGGCAGCUGCCCUGAAGUCAUGUCAUCCGAAGUCUGGAGGGGCUGCUGCUGCUGCUGCUGCUGUUGAUACGGGUCGAGCAUAUUCGGCUGCUGGGGGCCGUCUGGUGUGUCGUCGUCUGCAGGUGUGGGUGGCGGCGCUGCCGACUUCUUCUUUCUCCCCCGCCCGGGCCCGCCAGCCCGCCCUUUGGCCCUUCCGCGACCACCGCCGCCACGUUUGCGGCCUGUGGUAGGGGCCGCAGACGCAGACGCAGCGUUGGUAGCCUCCUCAGCGCUGCUCGCCUCACCCCCUGCUGUGUGGCCAUCACCUGAACGCACACAACAACAAUGCAGCCAUGCGUGUGGUCUGCUAACGUGCACACAUACCGCCAGCAGAGCUGAGAUUGAGUUGUGCCAUGGGCGGUGUGGGUGUCUGUAUCUCGCUGUUGUUGGUGUUGUCUCUGCUGCACCCGCCCCCUCCGCCCCGGCCGUUGAUGCCCUGCACCAACGCCAGAAAACCGUUGGGCGGACCGGCGGGACCACCAGCCAUGAGAUUGGGGUCGGGGUGGUGCGGACGAGUGAGCUGAUGCUGACCUGCACACAGGUAGGAAGAUGGGUGGGUGAGAGAAAUCACAGGAGACGAGAUGACACAGAUCCACCGUGUGUGUUAUGUCGUGUACACUCACCAGGUGGCAUGGUGACGCUGAGUGCCCUGCUGUUGAUGCGAGACCGUGCCAUGCCCACCUUGAGCUCCUCGGGAAAUAUGCCACAUCGAAUCGGCGACAGCCCCCCGCCGCCCCCAUCACUCUCGCCGUCCCCCUCGCCACAUGUGGUGCUGCCCGCAAAGAAAUCGGGGCACUGUGGCUUCUGGAAGAGCCACUCGUCCGUGUGCAUCCGCAGGUGACCGUAGUAGCGGUCUUUGAGGGACUGCGGUGUGCGGGCGGGGAAAGAGUGGGCGAUGAGCGGCCAGCUGAUGGGGGUGGGACACGACCGGAUGAUCGACACCAGCUGCUGAUCCUCCUCCGCUGUCCACGUGUCCUGAAAUGCCACACAACAGCGUGUGAUGUGAUGUGUUCGUUCGGGGCGGCCUGCCCAUGGAGAAGUACGUUUCUCAUCCUUGGCCCGACGACGGUUUCCCAUCUCUCUCGGCACUGCCGCGCAGUGAACCCCUCGAUGUGCUUGCUGAGGCUCUCCCACACCACAUUCCGCACACCGCCAUUCGACGCCACCAGCGACCGCAGCUGCGCGUCGUGCUCUGGCGUCCACCCCAGCCUCCCGAUGGUGCGUGCGGGGCGGAUGACCUUCCACCGCCUUUGGCAUGAGAGGGCUGUGCGGGAGGGGAGCCGCUUGGUGACUUCCAUCCAGCUGAAAGGGACCGUGGUCCUCAGAGCAUCCUCCAAGAUACGAUCCUGCACACAGACACACAUACACACGCACACGCAGAGUGUGAUGACAUGCACAGACGAGUGUGCGUGUGCGUAGGGGUGUGACCUCUUCAGGUGUCCAUGGUCGUGUGUCCGUGUCGGGCUCUUGUUUGUGCGCAGCAGUCGUCGUCAUGUCGUCGCGGGGCCGCUUGCGCGUUGACAGUAUGCCGGGGGUGUUCUCGUCACCACCGCUGGGACUGAGAGACGGAUGGUAGAAAUCCUGAACGGAACGGAACAGAACACACCACACGUCAGAUCACACAUGCGGCAUUUGUUUACACACACAUACAAGUGCUGCCCGGUGUGAGCGAGUGUGAGGACUGACCAUAUGCGGCCGUGGCGUCGGCGUGGGCAGUCCCAUUGGAUCAGUCUUCGGUGUGUCGAUACCGCUGCCGCUGCCCACACCACCAAACCCCCCAAUCCCACCCACACUGACCUCAGCACCCAUCCCCCCGGUCCCGUGGUGGUGAUGACCAAAUGCACCACCGUCGUGGUCGUGUUCGUCAUCGAAUGGCGAUGCCAUGAGCGGAGGGGCCGUGUUGGGCACGUGGGGUGGGUCAUGAUGACUGGCACCAAACAUCCCACCCAUCUGCUGCAGCUCGUCACGGCCAGUGACCACAGAGAGCUGGGGACGCUGCUGCUGCUGGUGCGACACACGGCGGUUUUUGCGGUUGGGAGGGGGCGGGGGAGGGGAAGGGCGCGUCUUGCGUGUUUGUGCGGCGUGGGUCAUGUUCUCGUCGGCACACAUCGACUGGAACCACACAGCUGCGCCUGCACCACACAGAAAGACAGAGUGUGUGUGUGGGUGUGUGGUAGGGGGUAUGAGGUCCGUUGAGGCUUACCGCGGUUGACCGACUGAGCGAGGAGGGUGUCGACUGAAUCAACGGGACCAGCCUCCUCCUGCUGCUGCUGCUGCUGAUCCUGAUCCUGCUGCUGGUGCUGAUCCUGCUGGUGCUGUUGGUGUGUCUGUGGUUGGUGCACGUCUUGGUCGUGCACAGGUACGCCAGCGGAGAUCUUGAUGCUGCAUGUGUUGUCAGGACCAUUUCUGUUAGCGACUGUCGGGAGGGGCAGGAAUGGGGGGUCGAUGCGCACGUGGACCAUCGGCACUGGCAGGGGCGGGGCGUCGGCGUUGAUUCGCUCCGCUCUGAUGAACUUGCUCGUGGUGGUCAUCCCCCCCUCAUGGUCCUCAACGUCCGCAGGGAACAGGGGCGCCGCAAGCGAAUCACCGCCCCCACCAGUAGCAGCAGGAGGGGUGCCUUUGUUGUCAGGUGCAGCAGCAGCUGGCAAUGAGACACCAGCAGCGGGGGAGGGGGUUGGAGACCUCUCCGCUGCACCCGUCCCUGUGGCUGUAGCUGUAGCUGUGGGCGAAGACGCCAUCUGGACGUCGCUCCCUCCCUGCUUCGGUGUAUUCUUGUCGGCCGGCGGGGUGGCUGUGCAAUUGUUAUUGGCAGUCUUGUCACUGUCUCGCCGGUUGCUGUCGGGUGGUGCUGGGGGUGGUGGUGUUGGUGAGAGGGAGGGGGGAGGCUCGGACGCCCGAAUAUUGCUCGACGCAGCCUUGGGAGGCGGAUGACUGAGCACACAUACAAAACCAACAUACCAACAACGUGUGUCACGAAUGCCGGCCGGCCGAUCCAGACAUGUGCAUGUGUUGUGUUGUGAGUUUCUUUCUGCCUUUGACUCCCACCUGUGUUUGUUGGCCUCCCUGACAUGGCGACCUACAACGGUUGGGAAGCCCGACGGCCCGCUGGUCACGCCUUUGCUUGCAACUGUGCUCGAUCCCGAGCUGGACGGCUCCUGCACGCCAUUGUCCCCCUCACCCUCCUCCUUCUUGACACACACAUCGAUCUCAACCACAGGCAUCUCCAAUGAGGGCGGGGGAGGGGCUGCUGCUGCUGGUUGUGGUGCCGAGGUCCUGUUUGUGUUGGUUGGGGUCUUCUUGCUGCUGUGGUUUGUCGUCUUGUUGGGUGGCUUGGGUGGCGUCAGCUGCACCCAAAACGACCCGUUGCCACUGCCCCUGCCGUUUGCCUGUUUGCCGCCCACUGGCGUCUUGGUCUUCCUCGCCGCCACCAUGACAGGCGACACAGCCGAGGGGGAACCACACGCACCGCCAUCAGGCAUGAAGGCUCUCGUGGGCAGUGAUCGGAAGGAAGUCGACGAGACGGGCGUGAGCAGACGACAGUCAUCCUGCAUGGCGGGUGGGGCACUCCCUGCCGGUGAGGGUGGUGCGGCCUGCUUGCUCAAUGCCGUCUUGCGCCGCACCAGUGGCCUCACUGAGUCCGCCUCGCCCGUAAUGGGAGUGGCAGUGUGUGUCGACACGGUGGUGGGCCCCCCAUCCAUUCCCAUUCCCGUCGCCGCCAGACGGCCCUGGCCCUGGCCAUGGGAGUGUGGGUGUCUUGACAGGCCCGAGAGGGUGAGGGAAGGGUGCGGCUGGGGGCUGGACACACGCACAUUGGGUUGAUCUCUCGUCUGCGGCCGAUGGGUGGGGGACGUCAAAUCGACCGUGUCGGCAUUGGCUGCUGCUGCUGCUGGUGGUGGUGGUCCUGGUGCCGUCUGUUUGUGGUGUUGUUGUUGUAGUCUGAAUGGCGGGGCGGCUGUGCGGGGAGUGCGGGGAAAGAGGUUGUCCAGGAGAGGGUCUUGUUGCCGCGAUUUGCGAUGCUCCAUGGUAGGUGUAGAUGCGAUAGACAUAGACGGCUCACUCACGUCGGCGUGAGAGGCAUAGGGAUAUAGAGGUAUAAAGAGGCCACGGCCUGUCGAGCCCUUCACUUCGGCAGCUGCUGGCUGGGCUGGCAAUCACGGCAGCUUCCAAAUCACAGACAGACAACAGACAACAGACAGAUGUAGACAGACAGGCCUGCAACUGUGGAGCUGCUGUCGAGCCGAGAGAUCCGCUGCUGCGCACUGCUGCUGUGAGACCUCAACAGUCGGCUGAGCCGUGGCUGCUGAAUCAGCUGACUGCUGCUCUCCCUCUUGCUGAAAGGGGAUGGCCUUGUCGCGAUGGUCUUCUCCCAGCGUUAGAGAUCGACUUGUUCGGCGAAGCGCCAGAGAUCGGCAAAUGGUCUGUGUCUAUGCGCCGCAGCAAGACCAGAGUAGAGCACCUUCCGGAGACGGCAAACCGCGCAU